AGAAGAGUUUCUCAGGAGGACCGGCCGGUUUGUCAUGAACCGUUCAUUUGAGCACAACGGCGAGAUCAACAGAGCCAGAUGUAUGCCUCAGAAUCCAAAUAUAGUGGCCACGAAAGGACCCGCGCCUGAGCUGUUCCUGUAUGACAUUGGGGUGGAGGGUGAUUCGAAACGGGAACAACCAGUCCUCAAGCUCACUGGGCACGAGAAAGAAGGCUAUGGCCUGGCGUGGAACCCCAACAACCAGGGUGUACUACUGAGUGGGUCUGAUGACGGUGUGGUGUGUGUGUGGGAUGUCGAAAACAGCACAUCGCUGACCGGCCCAUCGCACACACAGGAUGCAAGGAGGAAAUUCACCGCUCACACGGAUAUUGUGGAGGACGUGGCAUGGCAUUGUACAAGCCGCAACGUUUUCGGAUCCGUCUCGGACGACAAAACUCUGAUGCUAUGGGAUGAUAGGGAAGAUGGCGCUGCGCCAGUAAUCUCAGCCACAGUCCAUACAGCCGAAGUAACAUGUCUAGCUUUCAAUCCCUUCAACGAGUUCAUCGUGGCCACAGGGUCGGUAGAUAAGACGGCGGCAAUCUGGGACAUCCGCAACCUAAAGAAGAGCUUACAUACAUUAUCGCACAUCGACGAGGUGGUGCAAGUGGCGUGGUCCCCCCGCCACGAAACCAUCCUGGCCUCCAGUGGCUCAGACAGGCGUCUGAUGGUGUGGGAUCUCUCGCUGAUUGGUGCUGAGCAAAGCGCCGCCGACGCAGCGGAGGGUCCCCCAGAAUUACUGUUUGUCCACUCAGGCCACACGGCGAAAAUCAGCGACUUUGAUUGGAGCCCAGACGAGGAGAGGACCAUCUGCACUGUGUCUGAAGACAAUGUGCUGCAGUGCUGGACGAUGGGCGCCCAUGUCUAUAGCGACUAUGAACCCGGCAUCAGCGAAGCAGAUCCGCCAGUAGAGAGUUAGGGUCUUGUACCGUAUGAUGCAAUAAAUAUAAAUUUUAAAUGA